UUUGGAAAAAAAGUGACGUCUGCACUGAGGUGUCCGCUAAAGUGCGAAUCGCGACGGGUGGUGGCCGUUGGGUCCCGGCGGGAGGCGGGGUUUCCGCUCCCUGGGGCGCACGUCAGUCAGUAGGCGGAAGCUCAGCGGGGGCGGGAAGGUUGUAGUGCGGUGAGUUGAGCCCCUUUUGCCUAAGUGGUCGCGCCCCCUUUAAGAGCCGCGAUUGGAAAGCGAGGCGGUCCCGGUGUCCUCGGGUCCCAGGUGAUUGUGAAGUGCUGACCAAUUGCUGCUGGACAUAAUUGAAACAAAAUAGGAAAAUGGCAGCAAACUCUUCAGGACAAGGUUUUCAAAACAAAAAUAGAGUUGCAAUCUUGGCAGAACUGGACAAAGAGAAAAGAAAACUACUUAUGCAGAACCAGUCUUCAACAAAUCAUCCUGGAGCUAGCAUUGCACUCUCGAGACCCUCUCUUAAUAAGGACUUCCGGGAUCACGCUGAGCAGCAGCAUAUCGCAGCCCAACAGAAGGCAGCUUUGCAGCAUGCUCAUGCACAUUCAUCUGGGUACUUCAUCACUCAAGACUCUGCAUUUGGGAACCUUAUUCUUCCUGUUUUACCUCGCCUUGACCCAGAAUGAAGAAAAUAUUUGCGAUGGAAAAGUGACUUUGUAAUAUCAAAUGCCAAAGCUACUAUCAUUCAGUGCUAGAUGAACUGUGACUUUCAGAAAUUUGGUGAACUUUGAUAUUUUUUGUUUGUCUGAAAGAAAGGAAUAUGUAACUGAAAGCAGAAAGAAGAGUAACCAGGAUGGUGAGAGCUGUGGAAGCUAUAUUAUCCAAGGAAUUGAUUAUGUACCGUGACUGCAACUUUUUUGUAAUGCUGUUUAACUCUCAAUCAGACUCUGAAUGGGAUGGUCACAAAAUCAUUCCCCAACUCCUAGCAAGUUUGACUGAAUAUAUCAUGUCCACAGUAGAUUUUCAAGAAUCAUUUAUAGUACUUAACUUUAAAGAAACAAGGGUGCUUUUAAAAAAUGAACCAAUAGGCUUAAAUCAAUUACAUCCAUAUUUGCUGUUUAUAGGAUUGCUAUCAGUAUACCUUUUGAGUUUAUAGUCAACAUGUAUCAUCCUGAAAUAUUCUUUCUGGACUCAUAACUACUUCCACCUUUUUCACUUUAAAACAAAGCCCAAGAAUAACUUACUAACCAAUCUUAACCAUCUUUUAUAAACAUAUGCUCUUAUAAAUGUUGUGACUAAAUGCAAUUAAAAAUAAUAGGAAAUGUGGUGGUUUUUUAAUUUGUACAUCCUCUUAUUUAGUGUUACCACACAGAUAAUGAGUUUGUGUGGCUCUAUUUUCCAUUUUUGUUCCAAUUGAAAACUUAUUGACUGGGCGCGGUGGCUCACGCCUGUAAUCCCAGCAUUUUGGGAGGCCGAGGCGGGCAGAUCACUUGAGGUCAGGAGUUUGAGACCAGCCUGGCCGACAUGGUGAAACCCUGUCUCUACUAAAAAUCUAAAGAAUUAGCCAGGCGUGGUGGCGCACACCUGUAAUCCCAGCUACUCGGGAGGCUAAGGCAGGAGAAUCUCUUGAACCUGGGAGGCAGGGGUUGCAGUGAGCUGAAAUGGCGUCACUGCACUGCAGCCUGGGUGACAGUGAGACUUUGUCUCAAAGAAAAAAAGAAAAAAAACUUAUUAUGCAAGUCAAGCUCCUUUUUAAUUACUUUAAGUAGGAAGGGGUUAUAUUAAGAAAGUCUCUCAACAUGACCCAUCUUUAGCAGUAUCUAGGGUGCUUGUUUAUGCAGUCCCACUACCCUACCCUAGUCCUACAGAAUUAGAAUCUGAUUCAAAAUAAAGUCUGAAAACCAUGAGAUAGAGAAUUCUAUGAAAUAUCUUGUACAAAUUUUCAUGAUAUAUUUAUACACUCAUAGGUUUGUAGAUCCCUAAAACUUAGAGGUCAUUUAGCUAAAAUCUACAUUUUUUUAACUUUUAAUAGGAUUGAAAUGAUAUUUUACACUGUAUCACAGAUAGAGUAUUUUAUAUAACUUUUUGUAACUGACCUCAUCUUGGCCUUGAGUUCCAUCCUCUCUGGUGGUAGGGUAAAACUGAAAAUUCCAGUUUGGGUAAAUAUUUAGUGAAAGUUCUACUUUCUUUUCAGAGAGUUUGUUCCCUGCCUUCUUCCUUAGAUAUUUUCAAACACACAGCCCCAUCCUACUCAAACCAAGUGAAGCAAGGGUGGACAAUUCUAGAAUUGGCUGUGCCAUGUAGGUUUUUUUUUUGAGAAUUUGAACUGAUUUCCUUCAGUUUGAUGAGGUGGCAACUGUCCCCACUGUAAUGGUUACCAUUGCAGCGAGGAUAGCCUUACUUCUGCAGCACAGAGUUCCUCAGGGGGCCUCUGGCUCCUGUCCUUCCUCAGGUCCAUCCAACUACUCCUUGGGCCUCCUUAUGGCAGCCCUCAUUGUCUUCAGUUAAUUUCACUAGGUUUCUGUUCUCUGUGAUCUACAACACAACUGACAUGGUUCUAAAUCUGUCUCUAGGGAGCUAACACAUUAGUAUAUUUUCUAUACUAUUGAAGCCUCUACCUAAUGUAUGGCUUAUGUAGCUCAGGUAAAGAGAUCUUUUUACCAGUGGUAUCCUUUCUAGUCUGUUAGCCUUUUAAAUAGAUGUGGCCUAAAUCCUGUAGUCCUGGCUAGGAAGCACUUCUCUUCACCCCUCUGCUUUGAGUCACAAACUCAAUUCAAUUUCCUAUGUAUUUAUGAAUACCUACAGAGAAAGCAGAUAGAGCACUGUGCUUUGGGGGACACAAAGGUGACUGGCACCUGCUCUUUUAGGAGGUCACCGUGCAGAGGAUCCUAUUCUGGUAUACCAAUAGUUAUAAAGCAAGCCACAGCCUGGGCAACAUAGCGAGACCCCGUCUCUACUAAAACUUAAAAAAAAAAAAAGAUUGGCCAAGUGUGCUGGUGUAUGCGUAGAGUCACUUGGGAGGCUGAGGUGAGAGGAUCGCUUGAGCCUGGGAGGUUGAGGCUGCAGUGGGCCAUGAUCGCACAACUGCAUUCCAGCCUUGGCAACAGAGUGAGGCCCUGUCUCUAAAUCAAUCAGUCAAGUGAGCCAGAAUGCAGUAGUGGCCUGAGAGAGGCAUCCUGGAACGUAGCGCGGUCUCGCUAGGCUUAAAAGUAUUCAUGUGAUUUUACCUGACAAGGGAAGGAAGAGCUACUCCAUGUGCAGAGCAAGGUUUCAGAAUGAGAAGAGAAGAGCAGGCGCCGCAGAGGGUGAGGGAAAGGGCAGCAGUGGCCUGGGAAGCCCUCAGGUCGAGUUCAGCAUUGCUUCCCUCAGAUUAUGGGUGAAUUUGAGGAACUCAGUAUCUUUGCAUGCUCCUCCCUCCGUAGGAUAAGACCAGCACGUGUUCUGCCUGUGUCAGAAAUUGCCUAGACCAGUAGUUUUCAAAGUGCAAGCCUCAACCCAUUACUGAGUUGAGAAGCCAACUUAAUGGUUUAACAGGAUGUGUCCAGCAUUUUUCCUGAAAAAAUCAGAAACAUCUGAGUGUACCGCAUGUAGAAAUAGGUGGUUUUGCCUCAUGAAUAUUCUGUUUCUGCGUGUUCAUAUAUGUGUAUAUUUUACUUUGUAUUUUGUUGGUUUUUUAGGAGACGGUCUUGCUCUGUUGUCCAAGCUGGAGUGUAGUGGUAUAAUCAUAGCUCACUGCAAGACUCUUUGGAUCCCUGGGCUCAAGCAAUCCUCCAUCCUUAGCCUCCCAAGUAGCUGGGACUACAGGCACAUGCCACCAUGCCCAGCUAAUUUUUUUUUUUUUUUUAAUUUUUGUAGAGACAGUGUCUUGCUAUGUUGCCCAGGCUGGUCUUGAACUCUUGGCCUCAAGCAGUCCUCUCGAUCCUCCCACGUUGGCCUCCUAAAGUGCUGAGAUUACAGGUGUGAGCCACUGCACCUGGCUUACUUAUUUUGUCUAUUGUCUGUUCCACUAGUAUGUAAAGUCUUAGACGGCAAGAAUUUUUGUUUAUUUCCUUCUCUUCCUCCAUUCCUUUCUUCCUCUUCUACUUCAUUCACUACUGUAUUCCACGUAAAAUAUAUCUGGCAUAUAGUAGGUGUUCUAUAUGUUGAAGGAAUGAAAGAAGUUAUAUGACUUGAGUUGCAAUAUAAAAUGUAUAUUUUUUUUACUGUGAGUUAUGGCAAAAAAAGUUUUGAAAGCUGCUUCUAAAUAAUGCAGAUGUCAGUGCUUUGUAUGACCCUGGAAUAAAAACUGAAAUGACUUAGUGAUUUCAAA